AUGCUGCACCCGAUGCUCCAGCUGGCAGCCUGGCUCCUCUUCCCCCGGGCCGCUUCCGCCGUCACUCUCUGGCCCUCUGCUGAAGCCAUCCCGGCCGACGUCCCGCCAGCAUGCCGCCAAGCGCUCGCCCGGAACCUCACCUGCGACGACGACCUGGUCACGGCCGCUCACGCCAUGGGCGGCAGAACACUCCCAGACGAGUUGGCGGCGCGCUAUUGCACCUUGGAGUGCCACGACUCGCUUCAAGAGUUCCGCAUCCAUGUGGACAGGCAUUGUGGCAACGCGCCGUACCGUAUGUUUCACGAUAGCGCCUGGGAGCAGUCUGGUGCCAUGUUGGCGGGCGGGCUGUUGUGGGCGUACGAGCUGAGCUGCCUUCGGGACUCAUCUGGCUUCUGCUUGGUCGACCUGUACGCUGGGGGGAAAGGUGCUUGCUCGGAAUGCUCGCUCGAGUACGGUGUUGUCAUGGCCGGCUCUGACUACGGACAAGGGGCCGUCAGUCCAGACGCGCUCUCGUCGCUGCUCUAUUCGUGCAGCGCAGAUCCCACGCGCCAUCCAUACAUGUCCUCGCCGUUAGCAACGGCCUCGACCGCCGCAGCGUACUCGACAUUGACCACCGUCACAGCCCCGUCGGCUACAUGCUCCGGCACCAAGUACGUCGUCCAGGCGGGGGACUCAUGCGAAUCCAUCUCGAGCGCAGCAGGCGUAGCUACGGACCGCAUGAUUGACCUCAACCACCUGGACUACAACUGCACGACCCUCACUCCCGGCAUGGCGCUUUGCCUGCAAGACCAAUGUGCGGUACAUGCCGUGACAUCCAACGACACUUGCUCCAGCAUCACCCGGGGGACAGGCUUCUCCAAGAUUCAGCUCACGUCGUGGAACCCGACUAUUCAUUUCGACUGCGGCAAUCUAGAUGCCAUGGUUGGGCGGAGCAUAUGCCUUUCCCCACCUGGAAAAGCUGCCUUUGAUGUCGGCACGAAACCCUCCAAGCACAACCGACCAACGCUGACCUCACCAAUGUUCUCCAGCUGGAUCCCAACCACGGCGGCGGCCACCUACUCGGCCUUCGCAACGUCUUGGUACACGCCGACCGUGGAUCUCGAAGUCACGCCCCUGACCAUGACCAAUUCGUAUAACGCGACGCGGGCAUCGCUGAUAGCCCAGCGCUCCAAGUACUGCUGGAUCGAGAGCGACGCCUGGGCCGAAGGCUUGAGUCCCCAGGACCUCCCCAGCGACUGCCAGUCCCUCGUCGACACGUACUGCUUCCCGCGGCCAGAGGCGCUGGUGCCCACGUCGCCAGCUCACAUCCCGGCCGUGUGCACCCCGGCCGCUGCAGUCUCGUAUAGGCUGCCGUUUCCGGCGAAUCCCACGCCAACGCAGCCGAUCGACCUGGAUCACUUGCCAAGUGAUUGA